CAUCAAAUAGUUGUUCAGCGUUAAAGUUCUUUGUUAAAAUAAUUUUAAAAAAUUAGAAAACAAAAUGCGUAAGCAUUUCCUUGUAAUUUGUGUGGUAUUCCUAACCGUAGGUCAGGUGAUUGCAAAUCUUGAUGCCGAACAUGACCUAUUGUCUGAUGAGUUUAUAGAGAUUGUGCGUAGUAAGGCUAAAACAUGGACAGUUGGAAGAAAUUUCGCUAAAUCCGUGCCAAGGAGCCACAUUCAUCGCUUAAUGGGUGUACAUCCUGAUGCUCAUAAGUUUGCAUUGCCUGAUAAGAGGUUGGUGUUGCGAGAAGUAAUUGGAUUGGCUGAUGUUGAUAUACCAGCAGAAUUUGAUGCCAGGAAGGCUUGGCCAAAUUGUCCUACUAUUUCAGAAGUCAGGGAUCAAGGUUCAUGUGGCUCCUGCUGGGCUUUCGGUGCUGUGGAGGCUAUGUCUGAUCGGGUUUGCAUACAUUCCAAUGCUUCGAUACAUUUCCAUUUUUCUGCCGAUGACUUGGUUUCUUGCUGCCACACUUGUGGUUUCGGUUGUAAUGGUGGUUUCCCUGGUGCCGCCUGGGCCUAUUGGACACGUAAGGGUAUUGUAAGUGGUGGUCCUUAUGACAGCAAUCAAGGUUGUCGUCCCUAUGAAAUCGCUCCAUGUGAACAUCAUGUCAAUGGCACUCGUCCAGCCUGUGAUGGCGAACACGGCAAGACUCCACGCUGCCAACAUCAAUGUCAGAAAUCGUAUAAGAUUGAUUAUAACAAAGAUAAACAUUUCGGUUCGAAAUCUUAUUCGGUUGGUCGCAAUGUUCGUGACAUUCAAGAGGAAAUUAUGACAAACGGUCCUGUUGAGGGAGCCUUUACUGUUUAUGAAGAUUUAAUACUGUACAAGGAUGGUGUCUACCAACAUGUUCACGGUCGUGAAUUGGGUGGUCAUGCUAUUCGUAUAUUAGGUUGGGGUGUUGAGAAUAAUACCCCCUACUGGUUGAUUGCCAAUUCCUGGAAUACUGACUGGGGUAACAAUGGCUUCUUUAAGAUUUUACGCGGUGAGGAUCAUUGCGGCAUUGAAAGUGCAAUUUCAGCUGGAUUACCUAAAGUAUAAACUUAACUAUUUUAAUACAAAGUUUUAAUUUCAAUUAUAAAAUAUGUAAAACCUAAUUCAAUAAAGUUAUAUAGUCAAAUAAA